CUCGCACAUGUCAUAAUAUGAAACUUGGCGUUGUUCGGCUUCCACAUUGCGAUAAUUCUGAAUUUGCGCCGGCGUACCUUCGUUAUGUGAAAAUCACGUGACAUUUCAUGUAUCAGCUGCAAUUACAACAUUGGUACAGAAUUGAAAUUAUUAUUAAUUAUUAAUCUUGAACUUAGAGCUAUCUGAAAAAUUUAAGACAGGGUUCCUAAAUGAGUAUGAACUUGUAAUACAGUAAUUUAAAAUUAAUAAAUAAAUAGAUGCUUUUUUCGAAAAAAGCUUUAUAUCACACUUAUCUGAUAAGGAAUAGAUCUAUGAUGUCAUGACACAUGUAAAAUGAUUAUUGAUAAAACAUUGGUUACCGACUCUGGUUACCAAAGUGACAUUUCUGCCAAUAAACAAAUAAAGUCAUCCAAAUUUUGGCAACCUACAUUAUUAAAUUUAUAUAAAUCAUGACUGAGCAACCAGCAGAACAAAAAAGACGUGUUCCUCUAUACCCGGGAUUUCCCGAAUUAGCCAGAUCUGACGUUAGCAUCUAUCCGGCAUAUUCAAGACUAGCUCUAGCUUACCGCGUGGUCUGCCGUCAUCGAUACCAUUGGGCGAAGGUAGCGCAGCGCAAACAGUUCAUGCGGGAGCUGCAUAGCUUCGAGAGGCUCCAGUCGAAUGCGCUGGACGGAGUGAGAGUGCACCGCGAAUUCUCUCAAGGAAUCCUCUCGCACGUGAUCCCACCGCGCCGGUACAUACAGAAGUUGACCCCUGACCCCCUCACUUCUAAAGAGAGGAUGCGUGUAGAAGAAAUUAUAAGCGGGAAGGUAAAUUUCAAUCAGAAAUAAGAAAAAGGCGACUAGCAGUUUGUUAAAUUAUUUUAGAAUAUAUUUGUUUAUAGUUUUUCAUUAUUAUUUGUAAGAAAUUUGUUGCGGGAAUCUUUAUUUACAAUGAAUCUCUGAAUAAAUAAAUUUAUUAUAGUUCUGAAAA